AUGAUGAAAUUAAAUAAGAAUUAUUGUUUAGGUAUAUCCUUUGUAUUAUAUUUUUUGUUGUCUGUUUGUGAAGGGAAUAAUAAUUUAACAUGUGACUUUAAUAAUAUGCAUAAAUUAGAUUUUCAUGCUAAUCAGCAAACAAGUGUUACUAAAAUAUGUACAUUAAAUCCAAAAGAAUUAGAUAAAGUAACCAUAAUAUGUGGUUCAGAUAGUUUAGAUUAUAAUUUAUAUCCUGAAAAUUGUUUUGAAGAAGUAUAUAUAUCUACGAGUAAGACACAUAAAGAAAAAUUAAUAGAAUAUGUAAAAGGAUCAUCAAUGAUUAUGAAAAAAAGUUUAAAACCAAAUAAAUAUAAUGAAGUUUCUUUUAGAGUUCCACCUAAUACUAUGCCUGAAAAAGCUAUUUAUUGUUUUUGUGAAAACAAAAAAAUAAUAAAUACUAAUGGUUCAUAUAAUGGAAGUUCUCAACAUAAUAAAGAAAUUAUAAAUAGAGGUAUAGCUCAAAUUGUUAUUCCAUCAAUAACUGAAAAAAUUAAAGGAUGUGAUUUUACUACAAAAGAAUCUUCAAUUUUUACUAAAGGAUAUGAUAUGAAUGAUAUUAAUAAUUCAAAAUAUAAAGAUCAAGAUCUUGUAUGUACUAUUAAUGCAAGUGCUCAUGAAUUAAUUGGAUUUAAAUGUCCAAGCACUUAUUCUGUUGAACCACAUGAUUGUUUUGUUAGUGCAUACAAUUUAAGUGGGAAAAAUGAAAAUCUUGAAAGUAAACUUAAAUUAACACAAUUAAUUAUGGACCAUUAUAAUAAUACUUUCUAUUCAAGAUUACCAGGUUUAAUACCUGAUAAUAUGAAAUUCUUUUGUGUAUGCUCAAAAGAAAAUGAAAAAAAAUUAGUAUUCAACGUAGAAGUAAGCAUAUCAUCAAGUAAUUCCUAUCUUUCAUCAAGAGAUAAUCCAUCCAAUUCUUCUUUCUUAACUUUUUCAUCAUAUUAUGCGCUCAUCACAUUUGUUAUUACAACAGUUUUAUCAUUCAUCUUAUAA